AUGCAGUAUAUCUACAAGGGAAGGAAGUUCAACAGCAGAAAGGAAACGAAUCAAGCAGAAAAGUACCUCAACAUCCAGAUCCACCGCUUCCAUAUCAAAUGCACCCGGUGCUCGGCGGAAAUCAUCUUUAGGACGGACCCCAAGAUCGCCGACUACGCCGUGGUCAAGGGCGCCUUGCGCAACAUGGAGCCCUGGCGCAACAAGGAGGGCGAGAAGGAGAGCGUCGACGAAAGACUAGACCGGCUGGAGCGCGAGGAGGCCGAGGCCGCGGGCGAGGAGGAGAAGAAUGCGAUGGCGGAUCUAGAAGCCAAGAAUGAGGACGCGAGACGGGAAAUGGCGGCGGCGGACGCGCUCGAUGAGAUCCGUCAGCGCAAUGCGCGCAUUCAGCGGUCGGAAAAGGACGGUGUCGACUUUUCCGAGUACGUUGUGCGGCCUGAGGAUGAGGAGAGGGCGAGGGAUACCUCAAUGAUGCCGCCGCCACCGCCUCCCGUCAAACGGGUGGUGAAGAAGAAGAAGGACUAUUCUGCGGCGCUUGGCAUCAAGAAGAAGCCAUCGCUGGUGUAA